CUGUGCUGCUCUCUCUGUCGCGUCAGUGUUCCCUCAGCUUGCCAUCAUGCAGAGGUAUUCUGCUGAAACUUCAGGCCCACCGGGGCCUUGGAUCAGCCUCCAGGCCGUUGUGUGUAUUUUAUUCCUGGCUGUGACACCUGCAGCACUUCACCCGCAGUGUUUAGACUUUAAGCCGCCCUUUCGUCCGCAAACAGAGCUGGAAUUUUGCGUCAUGUACCAGGAGUUCGGCUGUUGUGAUCGGCAGAAGGACCAGGAUCUAAUGGCCAGAUAUUACCGAAUCAUGGAAAACUUUAAUCAGCAGGGUUUUGAGAGCUGUGCCGGCUUUCUGAUGGAGCUGCUCUGCCAAGAGUGUUCACCGUACGCAGCUCACCUGUUUGAUGCUGAGGACCCCAGCACCCCACUCCGGACCAUCCCAGGCCUCUGUCCCGACCACUGCUCCCAGGUCUGGAGUGAGUGCCGCUCAAUCAUCCCCUUCCUGUCUGAUGACCCGCGUAUACAUCAGGCCAAAGAUGACCAAAAUCGUCUCUGCAAACUCCUGGAGCUGGAUGAUGCUGAUUAUUGCUACCCUCACCUGCUCAGCAAUCGGAAGCUGACCCAGAGCCUGGGCCGAGUCCAGACGGAUUCUGAAGGCUGUCUGCAGCUGUGUCUGGAAGAGGUGGCCAAUGGCCUGAGGAACCCACUUGCUAUGGUACACCCCAAUGAUGGCACGCACCGGUUCUUCGUGGCAGAGCAGGUGGGGCUGGUGUGGGCUUACCUUCCCGACAGAUCCAAGCUGGAUAAGCCAUUCCUCAACAUUACCAAGGCGGUGCUGACAUCAUCGUGGGAGGGAGAUGAGAGGGGUUUCCUGGGAAUGGCUUUUCAUCCCAAAUACAAGUACAAUGGUAAACUGUAUGUGUACUACUCAGUGGAGGUUGGCUUUGAUGAGAGAAUAAGAAUAAGUGAGUUCAGGGUGUCUGCCAACGACAUGAAUCUGGUGGACCACACGUCAGAGCGGGUAAUUCUGGAGAUCGAUGAGCCAGCGUCAAAUCACAACGGAGGGAUGCUACUCUUUGGAGAUGAAGGCUACCUGUACAUUUUCACAGGGGAUGGUGGAAUGGCAGGAGAUCCAUUUGGAAAAUAUGGAAAUGCCCAGAACAAGUCUGCUCUCCUGGGUAAAGUUCUUCGAAUUGACGUUGACAACAAUGAGAGGGGCCCACUGUACAGAAUCCCCACAGACAACCCGUUUAUACACGAGCACGGAGCGCGCCCAGAGGUGUACGCAUAUGGUGUCCGUAACAUGUGGAGGUGCUCAGUGGACCGAGGCGAUCCACAGACCAAAGAGGGGAAGAGUCGGAUCUUCUGUGGGGACGUCGGCCAGAACAAGUAUGAGGAAGUUGAUAUCAUCGAAAGAGGUCGGAACUAUGGCUGGAGAGCUAAAGAGGGAUUCUCCUGCUAUGAUAAGAAGCUGUGCAACAACAGUUCACUAAAUGACGUGGCGCCUAUUUACGCCUACCCUCAUAAGAUGGGCAAGUCUGUAACAGGAGGAUAUGUGUACCGCGGCUGUGAACAUCCCAACCUCAACGGCAUGUACAUAUUUGGAGACUUCAUGAGUGGGCGUCUAAUGAGCCUAAAAGAGGAUAAAAACUCUAGGCAGUGGAAGUAUAAUGAAAUCUGCAUGGGAAUGGGCCUAACCUGUGCCUUUCCUGGACUCAUCAACAACUACUAUCCGUACAUCAUCUCCUUCGCUGAGGAUGAAUCUGGAGAGCUUUACUUCAUGUCCACAGGAACACCGAGUGCCACGUCUCCUUCAGGGGUCAUUUAUAAACUGGUGGAUCCGUCUAGACGUGCUCCGCCAGGACAUUGCCACUACGACCCCCUUCCUGUCUUGGUUAAAAGUAACCUCAUCCCGUUUGUUCCGCAGGAAACUCUGUUUGGAGUUGAAUUGCCUGCUGAAAAGUCUGGACCUGAACCUACAAAGGCCGACGAUUGGCUGCUGGAGCUCCUAGAUCAUCUUAGUGAAAGAGGACGAGCCCUGACCACCCCCGCUCCAGUCAGAACCACCAAAUCACCCCAAAGUACAUGGAGGAAAGGUCGAGGACGGAAAGGAAAAACCAGAAACAUGUCUGAGCUUCAGAACGGGACCGUGAGGCUGGUCGGGGACAGAACCCACGGAGACCGUGGGCGAGUGGAGAUCUACGUUCACGGGGCGUGGGGCACCGUGUGUGAUGACUUGUGGUCAAUGAAGAACGCCGAGGUGGUGUGCCGACAGCUGGGAUUCCAGUACGCCCUAAAAGCUGCCAGGAAUUCUGAGUUUGGAGAAGGAAAGGAGCUGCCGAUUCUCCUGGACGACGUUCACUGCAACGGCACAGAAUCCAACCUGUUAAAUUGCACCCAUGCUGGAGUGGGGAACCAUAACUGUGCUCACUACGAAGAUGCCGGAGUGAUCUGUGGAAACGCCAAACCUGCUGCAGAAACUUAGAACUCAGCAACAGCAAGAAAAGAGCCAAUUACCAUAAAACAAAACUUCAGGAUUCCCUCUGAUACAUGUCCUCAAAGUCUCCUCCAAGGGAAGAAAUCUUUAUGAAGUCAGGAUAAAACUCUUCAGAUAUUCAAGCUGCCUUAAAUAUAUAAUGGACGAUUUUUCUGGAAAUGUAGGAAAGAAUCACUCAAGUCCCUUUUUGCAUAACUGCGCCCAUGCUCAGGACCAUCUUACCUGCUCCUCAGGGGGAAUUGCAAGAAGAAAAUCUCCCAAAUCCACUCUGGUCUUAUUUCUUUCUUCUGAAGCCUUCCUCUUCCUCUCAUUAGCUUGUCGGGACUUUCAGCCAUUUACAAAGUACACCGUGAGAGCAUCGGCGCUACAAUGUACAAGGAACGAGCACGCAUGUUGGUGUUAGGUGAGCGCCUCACAAUUAUUGGCAUGGGGGACAACCAACAGAUAAGAUGAUCCCCAGAACUCAACGAUGGAAGAGAUCGUCCAUUAUACCUUUAAGUCCAGCAAAAUAAAUUAAAUUCACAACAAAACCCGUCUCAAGGUUUUACAUUAAGCUAAAUAUGUGGAUCCAAUUCAAAUUCAGUCCAAGUCAUUCCACUCGUGAAUACACUAGACUCAGAUCCAGUAAAGGCCCAGUUCAGUGCACCUUAGCUCCAGUACCAGUCCAAUUUAGUGCAAAUAUAAUGUGAUCAGUAAUAUUUAUAUAAAACCUAUGCCAACAGCACUGGGGAUCGUCUCCUAACAUAAAUUUGUUUCAGAUCUUAUGAUAGAGCCACUGCCUAACACCAACAGCUUGAUCUUGGUUAUAAUCAAUUACAAUUAAAUGUUUAAAUAAAAGACUUCUUAGCUUUUCACGUCAAUGCAUUAUCGGUUUCUCCUAAAUUUCUCCUAUUUCCAGAUGUGUUUUGCUGAAUGGCUGUUCUGUUAAUAAUGUGUUCUGUGAUUUGAAUAAAACUGUCCAGUUAACCACAGUUGAACCAAAUGGGACCCUUU